GACCUAACCUAACUUCCUAUCUUCUGUCAACUGAGUAGUAAACAAUCCCAUAAAUUUUAUGAUACUAUAUUCCAAAAGUUUUAUAUAAUUUGACUGGAAAAUGGCUUCGGAAACAACAAGAAUUGAAGUUUUGGAUCAAUAUAGAAGCAUAUCAAAAAAACUGAAACGGACGUUUUUCAAAAAACCUAACGAAAAUGAGGCUUUAGAGUCCUAUGUAGACCUCGCCAGAGAAUGGGAAAAUCUUGAGUUACCUGCUUAUGCAGGAUUGAGUUGGCACGCAGCAGCAAAAUGUGAAAAUGCUCUUGGAAAUUCAGUGGGAGAAAUAACUAAUUUGCUCCGGUCUGCUAGAUCUUAUGCAAAAGAAGAGUUGAACAAUUUACAGACAGGUUGCGUUAGUCAAGGAUGGGAUACAGUACAAGCUUCGCUGAGUUCAUACUUGUCAGCUAUUUCAAAAUAUAAAAAAGAUUCCCCACAAGCAGUAGCUUUAAACUUGGAAGUAGCCAAUUUUUUACAAAUGAUUGGAAAAGGCGAUUCAGCUGGGAAUUUUCUGAAUUCAGCAUUAGAGCAUUGUGUUAACGGAGAACUAUUGAAAAUACAUUGCUUAAAUUUGCUUGCUACAAACUCAAUAAAGACUGGUGAUUAUGUAGCAGCUUUGGAAUCAUUCACUGAAAUGCAUAAUAUCUUACAAACUUUACCAAACAAUGGUGAAAAAGCUCAGCUCCAUAUGGAAUGUGAAAUUAACAGAGUAUUGUUAUUAUUAAUAUUGAAACCUCCACUGCAGAAAUUGACCUCAGACUUAACACAAGUUUUGGAAAGAUAUACAUGGGGCGAUAAAAAUGAUGAAAGUAUCAAAGACUGUCUGAUGAGUGAAUAUGUUUUUAUUUUGUUGGAAUCAUUGGUUACUACUUGCCAAUCUGCAGAUACUAGUUGUUUGAAUGACUUGGAAAUGAAAUUGUGGCCACUUUUAAACAAAAACCAAAGAGAUCUCCUAAGGAUUUUGGUUCAGAUAUACUAUCCAUAAAAACCUAUUUGCUUAAUAAAUUCAUUAUACAGGGUUUGAAAAAUGGAUGUAAUAACUGUCUUGAACAUAAUGAAAGAUAUUGUGAAGAAUUCACUUGUACCACUGAUUGCUGAUGAACAAAGUGAUGAUUGAUUUCAAAUUUGACGUAAUAAUCAAAAUUUGCAAUAUUUUUCUCAGCUCAGCCUUUUAUCAUUGUAAAGUAAGUUCUUAAAUGAUGUAUCACAAGUAGGAAGUUGCUGUUAGAAUUUCUUGUUUUCUAUAAUUUUAUUAUCAUUGAAAUUAUAUUUUUUAGGAGAACUAUUAUCUGUUGGAAUCAUAACGAUCAUUAAAUAAAAAACUAAACACAGAAA